AUGGCUUCCAAGCCUGCCAACGCUUUCGCCGCGCUCUUUGCGGGUGCCAAAGCCAAGCAAAGCGCGUCCAGCAAGGCCGCAGCGGCUCCGGACGAUGCGGUGGACGACGACGACGAGUUGCCGAUGGGCGACGACGCGACGACCAAGCCCAAGACGCCCGUGUUCAAGGGUUCGGGACUGGGAGCGGGUCCGCGACACUUUGUUGACCCUGCGAACCAGCCAUGGGUCGAGAAGUACCGUCCCAAGAACCUCGGCGAAGUCUCCGCGCAGGACCACACCGUCCAAGUCCUCCAGAAGACGCUCGGGUCCAGCAACCUCCCUCACAUGCUCUUCUACGGCCCUCCCGGGACAGGCAAGACCUCGACCAUCCUCGCUUUGUGCAAACAGCUCUUCGGUCCGCAACUGUACCGCUCGCGCGUGCUCGAGCUCAACGCGUCGGACGAGCGUGGAAUUUCGGUCGUGAGGGAGAAGAUCAAGAACUUUGCCAAGACGACUGUGACGACGAACCAUGACCCGACUUACCCCGCCCCGCCGUUCAAGAUCAUCAUCCUCGACGAGGCAGACUCGAUGACUCAGGACGCGCAGUCUGCCCUUCGCCGCAUCAUGGAGAACCACUCGAAGAUCACGAGGUUCUGCUUGAUCUGCAACUACGUGACUCGCAUCAUCGAGCCUAUCGCGUCGAGGUGCAGCAAGUUCCGCUUCAAGCCUCUCGACACGGGCUCAACCGGGAUGCGCCUCAAGGAGAUCUGCCUCGCCGAGAAGGUCGACUGUCCCGAAGAUGCACUCAACGCGCUGAUUCGCACCUCGGACGGCGACUUGCGCCGCGCGAUCACGUACCUCCAAUCCGCCUCUCGCCUCGCGUCCGCGACAAAAGAGCCCAUCACCGCCGUGACAGUGCAAGAGAUUGGCGGAGUCGUACCGGACGGGGUGAUGCGGACUCUGGGACGGGCGUUGGGCGUGAGGGACGAGGAGGCAGAGGACGGGGACGUCGAGAUGGGUGAGGCGAAGGGGGUGGGCAGGUUUGAGAGGGUCAGGAUGGCGGUGGAGAAGGUGACGAGGGAGGGGUACUCGGCUGUUCAGGUGCUCUCGCAGCUCCACGACCUGAUCAUCCUCGACCCGCUCGUCUCUCCUCGCGCCAAGGCGGCCGUCGCGCUCGACCUGGGCCAGGCGGACAAGGCGCUGACGGACGGUGCGGACGAGGAGUUGCAGCUGCUCAACUGCUGUGCGCGGAUCGAGCGUGCAGUCCGGCGUGGGUGA